AUGUACGCCACUUCUUAUUGGUCAGAAUAUUUACUCAAUCAAACAAAAGAAGCUACUGCAGAACCGGUGCGCCACGGGGCCUGUUUGGGUUUGGGUUUGGCAGCCAUGGGAACUGGCCGCGAAGAUGUCUACGAUCAAAUGAAAUUGAACUUGUACCAGGAUGAUGCAGUUACUGGCGAAGCUGCUGGAAUCGGGAUAGGACUAGUUAUGCUUGGAACCGGUUCGGCUCAAGUGAUCGAAGAUCUGUUGGGUUAUGCGAAGGAAACAGCUCACGAGAAGAUCAUUCGCGGUAUCGCACUCGGAAUAGCGAUGGUCAUGUAUGGGCGUUUGGAGGAGGCUGAUGAGCUCAUUGAUCGUCUUAUUGUGGACAACGAUCCAAUCUUACGUUGGGCUGGAAUGGCUACUAUUGCCAUGGCUUAUUGUGGGACUGGUACAAACAAGCCAGUACAACGCCUUCUUCAUGCNNNNUCAUGCAGCCGUCAGUGA